AGGAAGAAGAAAACAAAAAAAGCUGGUCGGACUGCAACAAGUCGAGAGCAUUUUUGUCAGAAAGUUAAAUGCAAACUUAAACCAAACAUCAUUAGGACGAAGCCAAUGAAGAGGUAGUGUGUUUUAUUUCGAAAGCCAGAAACGGAAGCUGCCCCUAAUAUUGGAGCUUUCUUGACUGAUCGUUCCAGCAACAGCUGGUUUUGCACAAAUGGAGUGCGUACGUCAACCACUGUGACGUUUGGAAGUUGCGUUGACGUGUCGGAGUCUCUGUGAGCCGUUCUGCAAGCCUUUAAAAGCACAGGAGCACCAUGGCCAUGUGGAUCCAAGCCCAGCAGCUGCAGGGCGAUGCCUUGCACCAGAUGCAGGCGCUGUAUGGCCAGCACUUCCCUAUCGAGGUGCGGCACUACUUGGCCCAGUGGAUCGAGAGCCAACUAUGGGAUUCGGUGGAGUUGGGCAACCCGGCAGAGGAAGCCAAAGCCAAGCAUCUUCUGGACAACCUGGUGUCAGAGCUUCAGAGGAAAGCCCAGCUUCAGGGCGGAGAGGAUGGCUUUCUUCUUAAGAUCAAGCUGGGACACUAUGCAAACCAGCUCAAGAGCACAUAUGACCGCUGUCCUUUGGAGCUAGUGCGCUGCAUCAAGCACAUCCUGUGUUCCGAACAGCGACUGGUUCAAGAAGCUUCGAAUGCAAAUUGUGUGAGUGGGGGGCAGGCCAUAGACAGCCUCUCCCAGCGCCACCAGCAGAUCAAUCAGGCCUUCGAGGAGCUCCGACUAGCCACACAGGAGACCGAGAAUGAACUGCGAAAGUUGCAACACAGCCAAGAGUACUUCAUCAUCCAGUACCAGGAGAACCUGCGCCUCCAGGCCCAGCUGAGCAGUCUGAACUCCCUGCCUCCAACUGAGCGCACCCAACGGGAAACCACGCUCCAAAGCAAGAGGGCCACCGUGGAGGCCUGGCUCGCCAGAGAGGCCAGCACCUUACAGAAAUACAGGCUUGACCUGUCAGAACAACACCAAAAGACCCUGGCCCUUCUGAGGAAACAACAAACUUUGAUUCUAGACGAGGAGCUCAUUCAGUGGAAGAGGAGGCAGCAGUUAGCUGGCAAUGGCGGUCCCCAUGAGGGAGGACUAGACAUUCUCCAGUCCUGGUGUGAAAAGCUGGCAGAUCUGAUCUGGACGAAUCGACAGCAGAUUCGCCGCUGUGAACAUCUCACUCAGCAGCUUCCUCUGCCGGGUCCCAUGGAAGAUCUACUGAGCAAGCUCAAUACGGACAUCACUGAUAUCAUCUCUGCCUUGGUCACGAGCACCUUCAUCAUUGAAAAGCAACCGCCCCAAGUGUUAAGAACCCACACCAAGUUUGCAGCAACGGUGCGACUUCUGGUGGGUGGAAAGCUCAACGUCCACAUGAAUCCACCGCAAGUGAAGGCUGUCAUCGUUAGUGAGCAACAGGCCAAAGCUCUACUCAAAAACGAAAGCACACACAGUGAAAGCAGUGGUGAAAUCCUGAACAACAACUGUGUGAUGGAGUAUCACCAGGCCACAAGCACUCUCAGUGCAAACUUCAGAAACAUGUCUCUGAAGCGAAUCAAGCGUUCGGACCGUCGAGGCGCAGAGUCAGUGACUGAGGAAAAGUUCACGGUUCUGUUUGAAUCACAGUUCAGCAUUGGAGGCAAUGAGCUGGUCUUCCAUGUUAAAACUUUAUCACUACCAGUAGUAGUGAUAGUCCACGGUAGUCAGGACAACAAUGCCACAGCAACAGUACUUUGGGACAAUGCCUUCGCUGAACCAGGCCGGGUUCCAUUCGUUGUACCAGACAAGGUACUAUGGACCCAGCUCUGUGAGGCCCUCGAUAUGAAGUACAAGGCGGAGAUGCACAGCGGCCGUGGCCUGUCAGAGAAUAACCUGGUCUUCCUGGCACAGAAAGCUUUCACAAGUACGAGUAACAACCCAGAGGAAUACCGCAACAUGACCAUAUCUUGGGCCCAGUUCAACAGGGAGAGCCUACCCGGACGCAACUUCACCUUUUGGCAGUGGUUUGAUGGAGUCAUGGAACUUAUGAAGAAACAUCUCAAGCCUCACUGGAACGACGGGGCUAUCCUGGGUUUUGUGAACAAGCAGCAGGCACAGGAUAUGCUUCUGUCCAAACCCAACGGGACAUUCCUCCUGCGAUUCAGCGACUCUGAAAUCGGCGGCAUCACCAUUGCCUGGGCGGCAGAGAAUCCCAACAAAGCGGGUGAAAGGCUGGUAUGGAAUCUGUUGCCGUAUACCUCCAAGGAUUUCUCCAUUCGCUCCUUAGCUGACCGCAUCAGCGAUCUGAACCACCUCCUGUUUCUGUAUCCCGACCGACCCAAAGACGAGGUCUUCGCCAAGUACUACACGCCGCCGCUUUCAAAAGCAGUGGACGGCUACGUAAAACCACAGAUCAAACAAGUUGUGCCAGAAUUCACCACCCCAAAUCCUGAACCCAGCGGAACAACUCCCACGUUCAUGGACCAGACGGCUUCUCCCUCAGUGGUCAACCCCAACAGUUUUGCUGCCUACCACUCUAUGGGGGACGCCAUGUUGGAUGCGGAGGGCGACUUUGACUUGGAGGACACCAUGGACGUAGCUCGACAUGUGGAAGAGCUACUCUGUAGGCCCUUGGUCGGCCAGUGGAGCAGCCAGCAGUCCUGAACGGGGCACAUCAUUUCCACGGGCAUCUUCACAUCCUGGACCUUUGGAUGAUAACGCUCAGCUAUUAAACAGCCGUCCGCUUGCCUCGGUAUGUUUGGCAGGAGAGCAAAUCGCACAUCAUGUCAGUCUUCAAGCGGAAGAAAACCACGGGUGCCUUUCAACAGGCUUUUGAAACAUAGGGCUAGUUUUGAUGUCAGCAUCCCAUUCGCAUGUGCCUGACAGGACUCCAUUGCGCCGAGGGCACUUUCACCUUCCGUCUAUAAAAUCUAUAAAGUACACACUGAACAGAUGCCAAGGAAGGAAGAUAUCCCAUCCAUUUAUCUCUGCGCAUCCUAAUUAGGGGCCCUAUCUCAGCCGGCUUUGGGGCGAGAGGCGCGGUACACCCUGGACUGGGUUGCCGACCGAUCGCAGGACACGCGGCCGAACAAGCAUUCACACCUAAGGCCAAUUUAGCUUGGAAUGAAUCUAAGGAGAAAACCCCCACCAAGCAAACUCCACACAGAAAUGUCACUUGUCGAGUAAUAUAACGUGUGAAUAUAUUCAGUACAUACAGUCCCCUCCAAAAGUAUCGCAACCUUUGUUUUUGUUGUACCCUGAAGACAUUUGGGUUUCGGAUCACGAGACAGAAGUUCAGAACUUCCGAUUCCAAAUGAUUCUCGAUUCCCAUUCUUUUAGGGGGCGUGGUUUAAAUCAAGGGUGUCCUAAUUCAUGAACAUCAUUUUCUUCGCAGCCUAAACUGCAUAAACUAAAAUGAACAUUUGACUCGGGGGUUCUUCAUAACCGGCAUCAAUAUCAAACGAAUAUCUGAACGAAAAAGGGGGGCUAACCCAAUCGACUUCAUAUUCAUUAGCGUUUCAGCUAAAAGUUCAGUAUAGCAUUGUUAAAAUAGUUAUUUGCGACUGUUUUAUCACGUCAAAUGGUUUACGUGCAAGUUUGAACUUGACUUCCCGUUUUAAGCACGUAGCCGUUUAUUUUGAACUCGGCAUUUUGGCACGACAAAUAACCGGUAAAAACGAAAAGCAAAACAAAGAGCCAUGGAUGGAACCAAAUGCUCUGUCAAACAUUGAUUCCUUCGCCCGCCCACCAAUGAGACGCACGGUUAGUGUUCGAUGAAUUUUGUCCCAAUUCAUUGUGACGUAAAGUUGCUAGUUUGACCUUUGGCGAAGUUUUAGCGCAAUGUUAAGCUUCCAAUGCGACUGUUUCUACUUUCUUCGGAGUAUGGGUCAUUUAAUUGUCAUUGUAUUUGUCAUGUCUGUCAUUAACUCUUAUGUUGGUUUGAAGACUAAAAUAAACGCUCAAAACCAUCAGUGCAACCCACCGUUUUAACUUCUUAGCUGCCUCCGUGUCGGCAGAGACUUAUUUUAUUCUUAUUUCACACUCGCCCAGUUGACUUGACUGAAGUUCGCUCGGAGCGCGUCAGACUUCUUUCUAUACAUGGUGAAAGCCUCCGUUGCACAAUAUAAUCUUCAUCCAAGUGUUGCACUGAGGUGACUGGUCAUUUAUUUGAACGUAGUUAACACUUUCGUUUGCCGCUGCCGUUGGGCACGUGCGCGUUGGUUUUCGUUACUUUCUUCUUCGGGCUCGGCGGACUGUAGGCAUCGAAAACAUCGGAACCAAAAUGUUGUCAUUUGAACAACUCAGCGAGAACCGGAAUGUUAGUCCCUGUUCCAAUCGCUUAACAAUGCCUAACCCUUACCUGCAAUAACUGCAUCAAGCCUGCGACCCACCCACUUCACCAGACUGUUGCGGUCUUCACUUUCUUUUCCAGGCCUUUACUUCAGUCUCUCUCAGGUCUUGUUUGUUUCUGGGGGGGGGGGGGGGUUCUCCCUUCGGUCUCCUCUUCAGGUGGUAAAAUGCAUGCUCUAUUGGGUUUAGGUCCGGUGAUUGACUUGGCGAGUCUAAAACCUUCCACUUUUUUCAACCCUGAACUAAGUCCUUUGUGUUGGCAGUGUGUUUUGGGUCAUUUUCUUAUUGCAUGCAUUUCUCUGUAACUUGCCAGACAACAUGGUUUUGUAGACUUCAGAAUUCAUUCUGCUGCUACCAUCAUGAGUUCCAUCAUCAAUCAAGACUAGCGAGCCCGUUAAAUUUUUUUUCAUGCAAUUUAUGUGCAAAAUAGACUGAAGAGUAAUUGCCUGUCAGUAGCGCAAAACAUGGAGGAACCACCAUUUACAUUUGGAACUUGACUAUUUACAUUCAUCCUGCCGCCAAGUGUGUUUUUGGGGAGGAGGCAGGGCUUGCUUUGUUAUAUUUAUGGACAUUUAAUUUGUAACAACUAUAUUGUGUAUCUUAUCAAAGUACGGGAUAGCCUGAAAAGAGGAAAAGGGAUUAAAAGAAAAUCUUUCUAAAUAUGUAUGAUUCCAACGCCGACUUGCAUUAUUUACUUAAUUACCGUACAUUGAAUGCCAUUGAUGUUUCUUUUUCCUCUUCUGAAAGUACUGCAUCUUUGUUGUCAUUGCUGUCAAAAAGCAAGUUAGCUUGGUCUUAUUUGCAUGUUUUAUAAUUUUGCCUUUUGUACACCACCCUAGUGGAUUUAUAACAAAACGAACACGAACAACAUUCGCCAUUUAGGAAUUCAUCUUCUGUUCCGCUGAUCCUCGCUCGGGUCGCAGGCGUGGCAAACUUUCAUGUGGCUUUUCUGUUUUUCAUUGUUACCAGCGGUUUACACUGUUAUAAACUCUGUAAAAAAAAAACAAUUAAAAAAAAUUGGACCUGAAGAAGUCUUUUGGAUUCAAGAUAAAACGUCUUUAACAACCAAGAAGAGUCCAUUUGCCUUAAUUCAACUUUUGUACUCCUAAAGUGUAAAUGGCAUUUUGGUGGUAUAAAGGCAGAAUCUUAAAAACAUCUACAUCUACAUCAGAAGGUGCUUGGUGAGUCGGGUCCACCAUCUAAUGUUACCACCUUUGGUGCUGGGACUGUGGCCUUAAAUGCAUUUAUUUUUUUAUUUUUUUUUGAAUGACAUGUUUAAACCAUAAAUGCACAUUCUGAAUGCAUUUUUAUUAUUUUUUUUGUUAAAAACAAAACCUGGGAAAAUGCUAAUGCUUCAUAAGGGUCUCGAAAGUGAACAAUCAUACCACCGGAAAUGUCCAAUUUUGUUAAAUUAAACUUAUCGAUCGGUUAGGAAAUAAAGUGUAUUUGCCCAGCUCUGGCCAUACUUUAAGGAUUGCUCAGGGACGAUCUACCAUUAAGCGUUGGCAGUCACCCACUUUUCAAGCUCAACAAAGGCGCAAAACUAUCUGGAUAGAAACGCCAACAACUGCAAGAAAACCAAAUGACAAUCAACUGUAUUUCUAUAUGUGCUUUUUUUUUCCUCCUGUACAUAGCAAAUGUGAGCACUGAUGCUCAAAUUGACCGUUACUAUUUUUCUUGUUUGUAAUGAAAUCAAAUGACAGUAACAUGUUUUAGUGGCUUUUCCAGUCCACUGUAUUGCUUUUGUACAGUGUCCCACGUUUACACAAAUGUGCUUCAUUUCAUUGGAGAUUAAAGAACACUGUAAUAAAAGUAUGUUUUGCUAACA